AGGCAGCAGAAGCAGUUGAAGACGUUUGCAACGUUGGAAUGUGGUGCUGUAAAGAAAACAAUCAUAUUCAUAGAAUCGCGUUUCCGGAUACCGUUAGCUACCUUCUUCUUCCUCACCAGUAACCGUGCACCGUGAUCGCUGAUCUGCAAGGAGAGAAGGGAAUAGAGAGAAAGAGAGAGAGCGAAAGAGCGUGAAUAAAGACACAACAACACCACGAUGAAGCCAAGACGUGUAGUUGGUCUUUCGCGGGGCUAUGAGGAGAUGGACGGUGCUAACGUACCUCGCCCUCCAGGGAACACAGGAGUCGGCGCAACGGCAACAGCAUCAUCGACCGGUUCUACCGGCGCAGAGCCAAACGGAGACAGGAAUGGUGCUGCCGGAGGGACAAUGCUGACCGCCGCUGGUGCUGGUGCUCCCGAGUUCGAGCUGGCCUCGGUCAGUGUCGUACCGGACGAUACGUACACGGUGACGCAGGCCGUCAAUGCGCUCGGGUUUGGUUGGUUCCAGGUGAAGCUGUCCCUGUGCGUUGGCCUCUGCUGGAUGGCCGAUUCGAUGGAGAUGACGAUAUUGAGUGUGCUUGGACCGGCGUUGCACUGCGAUUGGGGUAUUACGCGUUACCAGCAGGCCCUCGUCACUACCGUUGUCUUCCUGGGCAUGAUGUUGAGCUCCACCUUUUGGGGUCAUCUAAGUGAUCGGUAUGGUCGGAAACCGGCAUUGACACUGUGCGGUGUGUUGCUGUUCCUGUACGGCCUGCUGAGCUCGGUUGCGCCCAGCUUCGGUUGGUUGCUGUUGCUACGCGGCCUGGUCGGUUUCGCCAUUGGCUGCGUACCACAAUCCGUUACACUCUACGCGGAGUUUCUGCCAACCAAGCAGAGGGCCAAAUGUGUUGUGCUACUUGAUUGCUUUUGGGCAUUAGGAGCGUGCUUCGAGGUGGCACUUGCAUUGGCCGUCACCCCCAAUCUGGGCUGGCGAUGGUUGCUCGGGCUUUCGGCCGCCCCGCUCUUCAUCUUCGCCAUCAUCACGCCGUGGCUUCCAGAAUCGGCUCGCUAUCACGUAACAAGUGGCCAAAGCGAUAAAGCACUCAACACACUCGAACAGAUCGCUAAGGAUAAUCGGCGACCGAUGCUCCUGGGCCGGUUGGUCGUCGAGGGACCGAGUGGUUCGCGUGGUAGCUUCAAGGCCCUGCUCGGUAGCUCACUACGGCGUACUACCCUGCUCCUGUGGUUUAUCUGGAUGUCGUGUGCGUUCUGCUACUACGGGCUCGUUCUGAUGUCGACCGAGCUGUUCGGUGGGAAGAACAAAACGAUCGUCGAUGGUGGUGCUGAAGAGGCGGCCAUGAUCGACUGUCAACCGUUGGCGACGACUGACUACAUGGAUCUACUUUGGACGACGCUGGCCGAGUUUCCGGGCAUUUUCGCGACCAUCUACGUGAUCGAGCGGUUUGGCCGGAAGAAAACAAUGGCUCUUCAGUUCCUGUUUUACGCCGGCUGUGUGCUAAUGAUCACCGUUACCGAGGUGCGCGUCUUCCUGACCAUCAUCCUGUUUAUGGCCCGUGGUGUCAUCGCCGGCCUAUUUCAAGCCGCGUACGUCUACACACCGGAGGUGUAUCCGACCGCUCUCCGUUCGGUCGGUGUCGGUGGAUGCUCGGCACUGGCACGGUUAGGUGCGAUGGCAACACCAUACAUCGCUCAGGUGCUCUUUCAGUCGUCGAUCUGGAGCGCAGUCUCCGUGUACGGAAUAUUUGCGGCCUGUGCAAGCGUGGCGUGCAUGCUGUUACCUUACGAAACGCGCGGUGCUGAUCUGGCACACUAACCAGCCCGGCCAGAUUACCCGCGGCACCUAAUCAACAGACUUACCUCCUACUCCUGUUGCUGCAGCUAGAUACUGGCAGACUGACCACACUCUCGCUGUUUGCUGAGAUUGGCUUUCUUUCGUUCGUGUUAGCAACGCGAAUCACAGACAACACGUGACGAGCAUAGCCGCCUGCGUGGAGUGAUGGUUUCCAUGGUU